AUGGCUUCUUUACUCCCAGAAACCCCCGGUAGAGGCCGUUCGCGCUUCUCAAAAGCUCUGCCAUCUGCUCCUCGACACUAUUCACCAAAGAGACUCGUUAAGGCAGAAUACUCACCUCUGCCCCCAUUACCCAAAGACGCAAUGCCAGCUCCAAUCACAAUUCCUCGUCGACCGGUAGGCGGGGGUGCAGUUGGACGACCAAAGGCAUCUUCAGUCUCAACCACUAUAUCAUCAGUCUCGACGGCCGUAUCUUCAGGUUACUCUGACUCUCCAGGAUUGUCAGAUGGGUCGGAUACCAGCAGCGACGAAAGAGAAUCAUUGAGUGGUGCUGAUUCAGAAGAGUCGGGCCCACCUGCUCUCCCACAAAAAGAUGCGCAGAGAAGGAAUCUUAGAUCGCCAAAGACACCACCUCAAACUCAUGUACUCGCCCAGUCUUCCUCUGGCUAUACUUGCGCUCCAACCGUAACUGAGCUCUGGAAAAGAAGGUCGACCAAAAGUGAAAAGAGCAUUAAAUUCCCCGAUCUCAAACUCGACCGGUCCAACGGUUCGACCGCCGUCAGUCCCCCAAAACAGAAAGAGCGAUCCGACAGGUCGGCCAUUCCUUUCAAACUACCUCGCAGCAACUCUUCGCUGCGCAAACACAUCCCAGCACGUCCAGCACCUCCUCAACCACCUACGGACUCCAUAUUGAUGGGAGCCAAAAUCUCGAAAUUGAAGGAGAAGCAUUCACGGGGCAAGCUCGAUGGUUUCGCUAGUGAGGACGAAUUCGCUAUGAGUCGCGAUGACCAAGCUCAGACCCAGACCCAGAAUGAGAAUGUUUCUCCUUCAAAUUUAACCUCGCCGAAGUCCCUCGCCACGAAAGAGAAUGCAAUCGUUCAAACAAUACCAUUGCCGCGUACGCCCAUCGAAGGAGCUGCACCUGAGGUCCCAAAGCGCUCGGAUUCGCGCCCAAAGUCAGACGAAACGAUCUCCAGGCCACCAACACAAGACUCAUCUUCCCGCCCUUCAACGCACGAGACAGGCACCGCUACCACCCUUCUUCCUAGCGUUUCAAUCACCUCUUCGCCGGACCCAGUAACAGAAUAUCUGAACUCGUCCACACCCUCGCAUUCACGGGACACAUCAGACACACAAACAAUAAUCAGUACGCCGACAGCGAAAUCCACCCCCGAAACUUCAUCUCCUACGUCGGCGUCAACGUCUACCAUCCGAAUUCCUACACCCCAAAAAAUCACGUUUCCAACUUAUCCCGUGGCCGCGUACCUGACUCCACAACGUUCAAGCUCAAGUCCUCUUUCUCCUUCGAACUCUAUACCAGGCGGCCCAUCUCUCAGUAUCGUGCAAUUAGAAUGCUACCAAUCCCACCGAUUCAUGCGAAACGCCCGCAAUUCGUUCUGUCCUGUGGCAUGCAUGAUAUGUCGACGUCAAGACAGCGAGCAAAGAUGGCGAUGUAGUUGGUGUUGCUUGAGUGCGUGUGGAAGUUGCAUGAGUUUACUGGCGAAGGUACCCGGGAAAGAUGUGAGAGUUGUGCUGGAGAAGGUUGGUAGAAGAGGUUCACGUUCUUGA